AUGGCGAUGGUAGUACAUGGAGGCGUAAACCCGCAGGAACUAGACCCCAGAGUCAUGGAAAAGCCAGGGGCAGGAACCGUGGAGGAGGUAGAGGAAAUCGCGGUGAUGGAAGAGCCGUUGCGAAAGUUGAAGGUGGGAAUAAACCUUCAGGACGACACGAAGGAGAAGUUGGUGAGGUUUUUGAAAGAAAAUCUAGAUGAACACUUAGGGAAGCCACCCUUGCUGGCUAAACCUAAAAAGGGUGAAAGACUAUACUUGUACUUAGCAGUAUCCGAGCAUGCCAUAAGCAUUGCCCUGGUUAGGGGAGAGAAGAGGCAUCAUCAACCCGUGUACUAUGUCAGCAAAUGGUUGGUAGAUGUAGAGAACCGAUACUCGGAGAUAGAGAAGUUAGCAUACGCAUUAGUAGUGGCCUCAAGGAAGUUAAGGCCCUACUUCCAUGCCCAUGCGAUCGAGGUACUCACUGAUAGUCCUUUAAGACAGGUCUUGCAUAAACCUGACACCUUGGGGAGAAUGAUUAAAUGGUUGAUUGAGUUGAGUCAAUUUGACAUCACUUAUACCCCAACGAUCGCCAUCAAUGGGCAAGUGCUUGCGGACUUCAUAGUGGAGUUCACCUAUCGACCGAACGAAGGAGGAGAUGAAGGAGAUGGACAUCCGGUUGGAGAAGGAGAGCAAAGGAAUUUUGAGGAAUGGAGCCUGCAUGUGGAUGGAGCAUCCAACAAAGGGGGAGAUGGAGCAGGUAUCAUGAUGAAUGGACCCGGGGGACACAAGAUGUACUGUGCGAUACGGUUUAGGUUCGAAGCCUCGAACAACGAGGCAGAAUACAAAGUGCUCCUAGCUGGGUUGCGAUUGGCCCAGGGGCUAAAGGUAACACAUUUACACAUUUUUAGUGACUCACAGUUGGUGGUGUUCCAAGUGAAGGGCGAGUAUCAAGCGAGGGGUCCUAAGAUGGCCACAUACUUGGAAAGGGUAAGAGGUUGUCUGGGGCAGUUGGUGGGGUAUAGCAUAGAGGAAAUCCCAAGAGAGAGGAAUACCCAUGCUGAUGCCCUCGCAAAGCUGGCUUCUACAAAGGAUGGAAAUAUCCUUGAGUCAGUGCUUGUGGAAUACUUAUCGAGGCCAAGCAUCAUUGAUUCAGAUGUUCUUAUGAUCAGCAUCCUAAAGGAGUCGUGGGUUGACCCAAUUGUAAGCUACCUGAAGGAUGGAGCCUUACCAACAGACAAGAGGGAGGCUCAGAGGCUGGUGUAUAAGGCUGCCUGA